AUGCCCUCGCAACCCCCGCUUCCGCCCCUCCUCGCGCCAUAUCUAUCAGCUCAGCCAGAGGCAUCGCUCACACUAGUCUCCUCCAUACUUGGCGCAACGUCAAAUUGGCUGACGUUGAGAUUUCUUCAUGCAUCAUUGAGCACUUCAUCAAACCUUAAUGCUUCGCUUGGACUGGGAGAAUCACACAAUGGAUCCAAGAAGGUCGUGCUCGUGAGCUUCUUGCGCGGCUGGGAGUUUUGGAGAGCAGAAGCCAAACGAUUGGGCCUUGAUCUUGCGCGUUUGGCAGAUAAGAAACAAUUCGCAUUUGUGGACGGUCUUUCAGAGCUAUUCUCUGCUCCUCAAACAGUAAAUGCUAUGCCGAGUGUACCUUCGAUUGCAAGUGGCCCGACGCGCACAUCUCUUCCAUUUCGGUCCCAGCCUGGCGCUGUGCCCGGAAGAGGACCGCCAUCAGCAGCACCAGCAUUAGCCAUGAAUAACGACAAUCUAGCCCGCAGCCAGACUGAGCAAGGCAUUGUGAAGAAACUCCAUUUCUCUGGACGAGGCAUUGCCGCCCUUGAUGCACUUGAGAGAGACAUUGCAUCGGUGAUCCAACUGCAAAAGAGCUCAAUGGAAGAUGGAGAAGAAUUACUGCUUAUUAUCGACCAACCGGAUUUCCUACUUGCCGCUACGGGACCGGUGAUGGGGAUCGGAGCUACGGAAAUGGCGGAGUGGGUUUCGGGUCUACAGCAGCAUGUGCACGCGACAAUCGUCACUCUGGCUGCCGAUUCCCCGCUGAUCCACAAUGCAUCCACAUCUGGGCAUCAGAUGGCUACGCCAGUGGAGUCGGAGCAUGCGGCAUUCGCUAUCAGUUUGGCGCAUCGGGCAAGGUCGGUCAUGCAGCUCCGGACUCUGGAGACAGGAGCCGCAAGAGACGUUAGUGGCGUGCUCAGAAUCAGCCGAGGAGGUGGCGCAGACGAUUCAGUGGAAGAGAGGGAGUUGCUGUACUAUAUCCAGCGGGAUGGCGGAUUGUCGGUGUUUGGGCGUGGGGAGUCGUAA